ACAUACCAAAUUAAACACAAGAAAAUACAACACAUUUCUCCUUCUUAUAAGUCUUUUACUAUCUCUUUCAACUGGCAAAGCCAUGGGGUUCCUAAAAGCAAUAAUAAUCAUAGCAAUAACCAUGGCUUUGUCCCUCACUAUCACAAUGAAAACCAUCACACAAAACGAACCCAAAUCGUUAUCGGUUCAUCACGAUUCUCUCUCCCAAGGGCAACAACCACUAAUCCUCCAUGAGAAAAACAAGUUUCUCCCUUCAAAGAGGGUAAGUCGCCUCCUAGCUCAAAACCCUAAUGCACCUAUUCAUUGUCACAAACAAGAUGAAAUAUGCGACUUAUAUGGCGCCAAGAACGCGACAUGUUGCAACAACAAGUGCAUUGAUUUGGGAUAUGAUAAGCAUAAUUGUGGUGCAUGCAAGAAGCAUUGCAAGUACACUCAAACAUGUUGUAGAGGAGCAUGUGUUGAUACAAACUAUGAUAAGAGGCAUUGUGGAGGGUGCAAUGUUCGUUGUGAAAUUGGUCAGUAUUGUGUCUAUGGAAUGUGCGAUUACGCAUAAGAUAUUAUUUAUUGAGUCUCCAAUAGAGGGUCUUAUAUCAUAUUAUUUAUUAUACGAGGUAUGUGAUUUUAUUAAAAAUAUUCAAUAAAAGAAACCACAUUUGUGGUGGUAUUCUCAAAUAAAUUAUUGAUAUUAUAUAAUUGUUGCUGCUUAAAUUUGCAGUCUUUAUGUGUUUCUUAAAGUAAAGUGAUAUUCCUAACCACGUACAAGAAAAUAAGUUGAAUAUAUAUUUAUAUUUA